GCAGCGUGACGCAGCACGCAGACUUCGCUCCUGGGGGAAACUCCUUGGCGUCACUUCCGGGCUCCCAGCAGCAGCGCUUCACUGUCUAGUGCCGGCCGAUUAGAAACAGCGGGUGUCCCAGUCCAGAGAAUAAAAUGGCCAAGGUUUCCGAUAUGUACGAUGUGACCUGGGAAGAAAUGCGUGACAAAAUGAAAACUUGGCGAGAGGAAAACUACAGGAACAGCGAGCAAAUCGUAGAAGUCGGUGAAGAGUUGUUAAAUGAGCACUCCUCCAAACUCGGGGACGACAUAUGGAUAGUCCAUGAACAGGUGAUGAUUGCGGCACUGGACUGUGGCCGCGAUGACAUAGCAAUAUCGUGUCUACAAGAAUUACGGAGGCAGUUUCCUGGCAGCCACAGGGUGAAGAAACUGACUGGCAUGCGCUUCGAGGCUAUGGAACGGUACGAUGAUGCUCUCCAGAUAUAUGACAGGAUAUUACAAGAAGAUCCAACGAACACAGCGACAAGAAAGAGAAAGAUUGCCAUUCGGAAAGCCCAGGGGAGGAACGCAGAGGCAAUCCGAGAGCUGAAUGAGUAUCUGGAACAAUUUGUGGGCGACCAAGAAGCUUGGCAUGAAUUGGCAGAACUCUACAUCAAUGAGCUAGACUAUGCGAAAGCUGCCUUUUGUCUGGAAGAAUUGCUACUGACGAACCCACAUAACCACUUCUACUACCAGCAAUUUGCAGAGGUGAAAUACACGCAGGGUGGACUCGAGAACCUUGAACUGUCUAGAAAAUAUUUCUCCCAGGCGCUGAAGCUGAACAACCACAAUAUGCGAGCUCUGUUUGGUCUCUAUAUAUCUUCAAUCCAUAUUGCGUCCAAUCCUAAAGCCAGUGCGAAGAUGAAGAAGGAUAAUGUGAAGUUUGCGUCUUGGGCUGCUAAUCAGAUCAAAAGAGCGUACCAGCUUGCAGGUCGCACCAUGCCUGAUACCCAGUCCUCUCUGAAGGCGGUAGAGAACAUGUUGGAGACUUUACAGAUCACUCAGUCGUAACCUCUCGAAACCACAACCGGCCGACUGUCCCUGUAACAAAUUGUCGCCUCUAUUGACCGACCUUUAGUCUAAACCUAAACACAGCGGAGGCUGAGCCGAUAUUCUGAAAGAUGCAGUCUUAAUUCACCAGGAUCCAAUGAUGUCACGGAGACGUGAAGAUGAUCUUUAAUUUCCUUUUCUUUAUAAAUUAUUAUUUUUUUCUUAAAUUAAAACACUGAAAUAGUUA